AUUCACCAUGAAUCUGCACAGAUCUCAAGACUCAAUUGCUACAGUUCCGUCGUCUGCUAGACUUUACUCAAGAUGGCUUCGACUUUGGCCUUUUCCCAGAAAAUACUAAGAGCUGUUCAUUGUAUGAGGCCAGCUAUGAAGUGGAUUUAUGCCGAUGGCAGAAGCAGUAUAAGAUGCAGGUGUAUGUCUGCUACCACUGUUGAGCUCCCAUCAAUGGACACCACCAUUGCAAAAUCGCGUCCAUUGGACAUACUGUCAGAUGAAGAAAGAAUGUUGAAGGAUGCAGUGGCUCGUCUGGCCGCAGAACAGAUUGAGCCUUUGGUGAAAGAAAUGGAUGCAAAAAGUCAGAUGGCACCCUCUGUGAGGCAGGCACUGUUUGAUAAUGGGUUGAUGGCUAUUGAGGUGCCAUCUCAGUAUGGUGGCACAAACUCCACAUUCUUUGUGGCCAACCUGGUUAUCGAGGAGCUUGCUAAAGUGGAUCCUUCGGUUAGUGUCUUUUGUGACAUCCAGAACACCCUGAUUAACACACUUUUUAUGAAGCUUGGUACAAAGGAACAGAAGGAAAAAUAUCUUCCAAGGCUGGCAAAGGAUACGGUUGGAAGCUUUUGCUUGUCUGAAGCAGAAGCUGGUUCGGAUGCAUUUUCCCUGAGAACACAAGCUGUCCAGCAAGGUGAUCAUUUCAUCAUCACUGGUCAGAAAAUGUGGAUCUCAAGUGCUGACAUUGCUGGUGUAUUCCUUGUCAUGGCUAAUGCUAGACCUUCAGAUGGUUAUAAGGGAAUCACCUGCUUCAUUGUGGAUAGGGAGACAGAAGGACUGACCAUUAGCAAAAAGGAAGACAAACUUGGUAUACGUGCCUCCAGCACAUGUGUAGUGAACUUCGACCAAGUAAAGGUGCCUGUAAGUAACAUUUUGGGAGAGUUUGGUCAGGGAUACAAGUAUGCCAUCAGUAUGCUUAAUGAAGGAAGGAUAGGAAUAGCAUCUCAGAUGCUUGGACUAGCUGAGGGAUGCUUUAGCAGAACUGUGCCAUAUACAAUGGAGAGAAAACAGUUUGGUCGACGCAUCUGGGAUUUUCAGGGAAUGCAACAUCAAAUAGCAUAUGUGGCAGCACAGAUAGAGGCUGUGAGAACCUUAGUAUACAAUACUGCACGGCGUAAAGAAGCAGGAUUACCUGUUGUAAAACAGGCAUCCAUGGCCAAAUUUCUGGCAUCAGAGGUUGCAACACUGACAACAUCAAAAUGUAUCGAGUGGAUGGGUGGAGUUGGCUUCACUAAGGAUUACCCUAUUGAAAAAUAUUACAGGGAUUGCAAGAUAGGAACAAUAUAUGAAGGGACAAGCAACAUUCAGCUUAACACAAUUGCAAAGUGUAUAGAACAAGAGCUGCACUGAGGGAUUUUAAGUGUAGGUUGUGGUGCACAUAAAUGUGAAGAGAUUAGAUAUAACAGGUAUCUUUUGAGGAGAUCCCGCUUCAAAGUUACUCCAGCUGCAUGUCACAGACAUGGAUAGGAUUAUGCAGCACCAGGUGUUGCACAUUUUAAUUGGGAUAUCAGAAGACUAAUAUGUCUAACACAUUUGUAUAUGUUUACCGGACACAAAAUGCAACAAGAAAUUUUAGGAAUUUCUAGUGAUAUUGACUUAAAAAAAAAAUAUGAAAAAAUUUAUGAAUUGGUUAAGCUUAGUGGCGUUCAUCUAAAUGGUUAGUUUGCGAAGUGUACUAAGUAAAUAAGUGAAACUUUAUUGAAAAUGUUUAUAUAUCAGAAAUGUAACACUUCUUGUGUUUGCCAAAUUUAUUUAGGCUUAUGUAUAUAUAUAUUUUUACAUUCUUUUCAUGUCAUUAUCUUGUUUUCUGCUAUAUAUAUAUAUUUAUUAAUAAAAUGGAGUACAUUUUACCAUUGUCUGCAUUUUUACAUUUUUCUCAGUGGAAGUAUAAACACAUAUACAACUGGUGCAAACAUUCUUUUGGUCUUGAGCAUAGUUUUACAGAUAUACUGAAAAACCUUAUGUUGUAAUGAAAUUAGAGAACUGCCUAUAGCAGUACCCUAUCUUUUAUGGUUUUAUACUUAAUUAUAUUGUUGUAAUAAGCAUAAGACAAGAGGUUUGAGAACAAUAACCUCUUAGUCUUAACUGAACAAACAGGAAGAAUUAUACUUCCCAUGAGUUGCAGACUUUUGUUGUGUGAGAAAUUAAACAUCUGCCACUCCUAUCAGAGGCCAGUUUUUAAAAACUAAGAGUCCAGAGUCAGUCUGUGGUUUGAUAAAGACGUAAGACAAAUUUAGGUCAGCAGGCUUUUGAAAAAAGAUUUUAGAAAAUUACAGAACACACAUAAAGUGUAAAAAGGUAACUGAACAUAAUCAGAAAUAAUAUGCACAUUAUUUUGAUGUAUUAAACUAUCUAUAGAUAAACUUAAAGUGGGUUCAUAAUAUCUUAAUUUUAAAAGAAUAUUAUUGUGGUCAUUUAAGUUUUCUCUUAACAUGCAUCUUAAUAGACUGACUAGGUACAUGCAGAUUGUUGUAACUCAUGUUUAUGUUGCAAACAUGACAGCUUUAUCUUAUUUGAGUGUCUGUGCAUCUGUAAGAGAGCCUUUUUGUGCUUCUUUAGAUUAGUGAGGAUUUUUCCUGCAAAAUAAACUAAAACUGUUGACAAA